AUGGCCUUGAAGUCAGCAAAGGAGAUCUGGGAGUUCCUCAAAAGUGAGUAUGAAGGUGAUGAGAGGAUUAAAGGCAUGAAGGUGUUGAACUUGGUGAGAGAAGUCGAGAGAAUGCAGAUGAAGGAUUCUGAGUCCAUCAAAGAGUACUCAGACAAGUUGAUCGAGAUUGCUAACAAGGCAAGAGCAUUAGGAACUGAUCUAUCUGACAAUAGAUUGGUUCAGAAGAUUCUGGUUUCAGUACCUGAGAGAUAUGAAGCAACCAUAGCUUCCUUAGAGAAUACUAAAGACCUCUCCAAACUCAAAGUGAUAGAAGUUGUUAGUGUUUUGCAAGCACAAGAGUAG